UAAACAUUUGAUGGACGUCGUUUUAGUAACUAUAUCCUUUUAAAAUUAUUAGUACUUUGAAUGCGUAGUGUUCAAAAUGGCCUCGCCCUCGGUUGCGCGGAUUACUCGUCAAGCUCGACCUAUUUUGUCUUCUAAUCAUGCUGAAGCACGUAAGAAAGUUUUAGCCCUUUAUAGGGCUUGGUGUAGACAAAUACCUUUUAUAGUUAUUGAUUACGACAUACCAUAUACACGGAAGCAAUGUUUAGAAAAACUACGCUCAGAGUUUCUAAAGAAUAAGUACGUAACAGACGUGAGAGUAAUUGACUUACUUGUAAUCAAGGGUCAUAUGGAAUUGACGGAGGUAAUAAAUAUUUGGAAACCUGUAGGAAAUCUUUUAAAUCAUUUUAAAGACACAUAUAAUCCAAAACCAAAAGAUUUCUUGGGAAAAUUUUAUGCUGGUCAUGAAUAAUAUGAUCAAAUAUUUGUAAUGGUAGUAAAUUUUAACUAAUGGUUAUAGUGAUUAAACUUAAAAUUCUAUAUAAUUUAUGUAAAUACAUAACAAAUUUAUUAGAUCAGAUACCAAUGUAUCUCUUCAAAAAAUAUUAAAAUAAAGAAUAUCUUGCUGCUAUUUAUAAAAAAAAA